AUGACCCGCGCUCAACAAACCCUCUCUGUCAUCCUCCUUCUUACCUCGCUCUACCUCGCCCUCUAUCUCGGUCUAAUACCUCUAAACCCUACCGUUCAGAGUGAAAUAAUACCAGUUCUCCCCUUCUACUCCAUAAUGGUCCUAGGCGCAUACCUGCUUUUCAGACUAGGCUGGGGCGUGUAUACCUUCAAUGAUGUUCCCGAGGCGCACGCAACACUGCAGGAAGAAAUUAUACAGGCGAAGAAUGAGCUGAGGAAUAUGAGGGUUGAUGUUGAUUAG